GGAUUAUUCUUUUCUUUGUUUUCCUCGCCAGGGAUGGUGUCAGAAGUGACCAGAGCAUCUUAAACCAGAGGCCGCUUGCGAAGGGACCCAGCGAUGGCGAGCGGGGGACGGCGCCUAGGGGGCGCUGCCGCCCCCUUGGUGCUGCUGCUGCUGCUGGCGGGCUGGCUGGCGGCGGAGGCGGGGGCGGAGAGCUACCAGAAGUUCCUGCGGGAGCACUUCGACCACCCGCCCACCGAGGUCCCCGACCGGCGCCUCUACUGCGACCUGCUCAUGCAGCGCCGCCGCCUGGCCGGCCCGCACCACUGCAAGCACCUCAACACCUUCGUCCACGCCCAGCCCGAGCGCCUCAUCGACGUGUGCGGCCCCGGCGGGGAGCCCACCGAGGGAGACCUGCGCCAGAGCCACGACCGCUUCCCGCUCACCGUCUGCAAGCUGCGGCACGGCUCGUGGGCGCCCGACUGCCGCUACGAGGUGGCCGACGCCGUGGAAAGGAUCGUCAUCGCCUGCGAAGGCGGCUUCCCAGUGCACUUGGAGACCGAGAUCCCCGGCUAGACGCCCGUCCUCUCUCGCUCGUGGGGAAGGAACGGCACGUGUUGCACUGCCAGCUUGCGAAUAAAAGGAAC